AUUCUCACCGGACUAUACAUCGGAAGUGUUAGGGACUCCAAAGACGUGGAACAGCUUAAGAGUAAUUGCAUUUCGCAUAUUAUAUCCAUUCACGACAACGCCAGGAGAGGCGGACAAGAAAUAUGUACCGAAAAUAUGAAAAAAGCGGAAUUCGUGUUCACUUUUGCGGACGUCGAGUACUUAUGUAUAUUAGCGUCGGAUACACCCAAUCAAAACUUGAGCCAAUUCUUCUCUCAGUGCAACGAUUUUAUUCAUUGCGCCAGACUUUCCGGCGGAUCUUUAGAGAAUAGAUAUUCAGUAAUCAAAUAA